AUGAAAAAUAGAAACUGUAAUUUGGAGCUCCGUCUCGUGACGCCGUCUGUUUUUUCGCAUUCUUCAUCAGAUUGCAUCAAUGGCAGACCAUACAACUCCAUGCCCAUUUCAAACGAGAAGCCUUUGACUGUCUUUUACAAUGGAGAAGUCGCUUCUUGUGAUGCCACAGAACUUCAGGCCAGGACAAUUAUAUUUCUUGCAAGUAAAGAAGUUGAAGAGAAAUCGAACAGUGGGCUUUGGUACAGCCCAUGUCCAUCACCUGGGCCCAUAUCAUCCAUAUGCAGCCCAUCAAUGAAAAGAUCACUGCAGAGGUUUCUUGAGAAGAGAAAGGCCAGGGCCCAAUCAAUGUCCCCUUACUCUAUUUAG